AUGUCUUCAACAAUGAAAGAGCAAAUCACGACCACCAAGAAGGUGUUGUUGGACAAGGAUACUCCAAUUACCUUGUCACAAGGAACAAACAAGCUGGUGUCAUCUGAUAUGUCAUCCGGAAUGCAGGGUGAGAAGGUGUACAGGGAGGAGUUUGCAGGUGCCCCAAUCACUACCCAGCGUGUUGUCAGCCAGGAAUAUUCUUCUGCUCCAAUCUCUGGCCAGCGUAUCGUCAGCCAGGAGUUUGCUGCUGCACCAUCAACCUCCCAGCGUGUCUACUUAGAUAACAACCAAUCGAAUAUUUCAAUCCAACAGAGAGGAAAGGAGUACAUUCACAUUGAGGAGAGAGGUGCUCCACACAUCAGUAUAGUUGAGAAUGCUCCAAAGAUUGAGAUCCAACAGAGAGUCCUAACUGCUGACCUUGAGUUGCCACCAGCACGUGUGGACAUCAACCAGCCAACUCCCAAGAUCUUCUUGGAGCAGCAGGCACCAAUCAUUGAUGUUAACCAGAUGGCCCCACGUGUGGAGUUUGUCCAGAGAGAGCCAAUCGUGCACGUCAACCAGCCAAAGGCCCAGGUCAUCAUCAACCAGGUCAAGCCCGAGGUAAAGAUCCAGUCAGCCAAGCCAGUCAUCACUGUUGGCAUGAGCGACAUUCCCCAGAUCCAGGUGCAGCACCAGGACCCAAUCGUGCACCUCUUCAAGAGCGAGCCAAUCGUCAACAUCACCCAGUCCGCCGGUCAGGCCGAGAUCAUCUUCACCAAGGCCGAGCACUGCGUCUUGAACUACCGCCAGUCCAUGAACCCAAUCCUCUUUGUCAACACCUCGCAGCUCAAGGGCUACGCUGCCCAACAGCAGUUGAGCAGCUCAGGCACCAUUGAGACCAGCCGAAGCUUUGGCCAGGCUGCCGCCUUGACCAAGGAUGUCUCGCUCUCCAAGAGAAUUGACUCGUCAUCAUCCGGCUCCCAGGCCUUUGAGAAGGCUGAUGCCUCAUGGUUUGACAACAGGGCAGACAAUGCUGAGACCAGCUAUGUCCCAGUGACCCAACUCUAA